CUAACCUUAUGACUACCCUUAUCAUGACCAAUCUUAUCAUUACUAACCUUAUGACUACCCUUAUCAUGACCAAUCUUAUCAUUACUAACCUUAUCAUGACCAAUCUUAUCAUGACUGAAAUUGUCAUGACCAAUCUUAUAAUGACCAACCUUAUCAUGAUUAAUUUUACCACGGCAUUAUGACAUUAUGCCUUUCCCACAUAAGAAGAGUGGGUACCAUGCAACACGUAAAGAUGGGGUUCUCAAUUUCUUUUUAGGAAUACAUCAGGAGAUUGCUUUGCUGUGUUAAACCUCUUGUGAGUGGACAAAAAUGUCUCUGUCAUUACCAAAGCAAAAUUCAUGCACUUAAAAAAAAAAAUCAAGGGAGAAAAAACAAAUUAAAAAUGCUUUACGUGUUCCAUGACAAGAUUUUGGAGGUCUGAUGAGUUUCUUUUUACCCUCCAUUUUCUUUUUUUUCUGGCAGCUUCAUUGUCCAAAGUGUGAGUUUUUGGACUGUAUUCUCACAUAAACUCAAUCUACUUUUCUAAAUGUAUGCAAUCUGUAACAUACUUGUUAGUAAUCCAAAAUAUGUUUGCAGCUACUGACCUAACAUUUAUGAACACGUAUGUACUGCUUAUGAUGAAGUUAUGUUUCUUUGAGAAAGGAUCCAUUUGUUGAUGGAUGUGUUGAUUUUUCAAAAAUCUUUGUGUCAGACAAAUGCGGGACAUUGUCAAGUGACUGUUGGUGUAUACCUGCUGUAUCUACAAUUCACCCCAAAACAAUAUGGCUAAUUGGCUUUAACAUGAUAACAGAUGGCCCAUUAAUGUCGUAAAUGCCCAAUACACUUAUUUGGAAGGCCUUUAGUUGGCAUAUUACUCUGGGUCUCCAGGUGCUCAUUAUUCCAUGAUCUCUGACAGGAGACACAACAUCUAAAUAAAUUACACACGGAGCCCAGUUCUAUAAAAAGCAGGUGUUUGCUCAAGCUAGAUGCUCACUGCAAACAUUCUCACAAGGUUUUCCUCUAUACAUUGAGUCAGCUGGCAUUCAUUUUUGUCCAAAUGAAACAAACACAAAGAAUACAUUAGAUUUUGAAGAAUGUUCUUUCCUUUUUAUUGCUCAUUUUCUUUAUAUUGUGUAAUUUUAUUUCACCCUUAUUAUUUUAUAAUAUAGACACUUAGCUGGUGUUUUACUUUUAGUCGUAAGGUUAUUUGUGAAGAUAUGAACUCAACACUGGACCCUUUGGCUGUGCAUUUGUCCUCCCAAACAGCAGUCAGCUUCCCUAAAGACAGCUUCAUUAAUGCGCUGACCAAGAACAUUGUGGCCAUGCUGGUCUGGCUGGCACUGAGCAUGCUCAACGGCAGCAUGGUGAGAACCUUCACAAGGCACAGCUUCUUCUACGACGACCCGCGCUACAUCAUGUUCAUCUUCAUGGUGGUGAACGACGCUGUCCAGCUGACCCUGGUGACGGCGCUGUACGUGGUGAGCUACAUCUUCUUCAAGAUCCCCGCCUCGCUCUGCUGCCCCCUGGUGAUGACGGCCGUGCUGACCACCCGCGCCACGCCGCUGAUCUUGGCGGGCAUGGCCGUGGAGCGCUACCUGGCCAUCUGCUUCCCGCUGCACUACCAGCAGCUCUGCACCAUCCCGCGCACCCUGCUGCUGGUGGCCGUCGUGCUCUUCCUCAGUGCCGCUGCGCCACUCACCGACCUCUUCAUCACCCUCGCCAAGGAGCCCGUCGCCAUCUUUCGCGGCGUCAUCUUCUGCGACCAAUACCAGCUCUUCAGGGACCGCGCCAUCUACUACAAGAACUGCGGCUUCGACGCGGUCUACUUCUCCUUCGUCUUCCUCACGCUGCUCUUCACCUACUGCAAGAUCAUGCUGGCAGCGCGGGCAGCCUCCACGGACCUGGCGUCGGUGAGGAAGGCACGGAACACCAUCCUGCUGCACGGCAUCCAGCUGCUGCUCUGCCUGCUGGCCUUCGUGGUGCCGUCCAUGCAGGCCCCACUCAUCGCCCUCUUCCCCCAGUUCGGCGUGGAGAUCCGCUACGUCAACUUCCUCCUGGUCUACAUCAUCCCGCGCUUCCUCAGCCCCAUGAUCUACGGCUUCCGGGACGAGAAGUUCCGCAAGCACUGGGCCAGGCAGAUCGCCUGCCGGACCAACGUGGUGAGACCGGCCGUCAAGUUCACCCAAAGGUGAAGCAGGGCGUUCAGCUGAGGACGCUCGUCUGUGCAAAAGCAUAUUAUCACUACUGCUCCAAAGCAGAUGAGUUCUAAUGAAAUUUCGUGAGAAAUAAACUAUGCAAAAAUGUCAUGCCUUAAUAAGAAUGUUUGCCUAAAACGUUUAGAAAUUUUAAAUAAAGGACUCUUAUCUUGAUCAUAGAAAAAAAAAAACCCAGAAAGCAGUGGUUUAAAAAAAUAAGUUACAGUUUUCAAUUUAGGAGAAAAGCUCACAUAAAUGUUUUGCAACCCAGGUCUAAGCUAUGAUGCUGUACAACUUAUAUUGUACUACCAAAACACAGUACAUAACAAAAAUGAAAACAAGUGUUAACUGACUAUGUAUAUAAUCAAAUGCUUUUUGUGCAACGAGGCAUUUUAAAAUGUGAUGUUUUAUGGUUGUUUUCAAAAUGUGACUGCAAUCUAUGUUUUAUAACUAAUUAUAACUGCAACCUUUUGUGACCUUCUGAAUUCAAAAGUAUAGGUUGUCUUAGCGCAUUUUAAAAAAGAUCUUUAAAAAUCACUAAGGUUGUUAAUGAUACUGAAACAGAUGAAAAAGAGAGUUCAUAUCACAGCACUACAUGCAUCACUGCCUUGGCUGCAAGAUAAUUUUGAAUUGAUUCUAAGGUCAUCUUACUUAUCUUACUUAAAGAUGCAGCACCAGCAUAUAACCAAAAAAUAUAACAGCCAAAUGAGUCCUCUGAUUGUCCUCUGAUAAUACUGGUUUCAAACCAGUAUUAAAUAAAUAUUGGAACAAUAUCUUAAAUGGGACAUAUGAUUGAAAUCACACAUUUUAAUGUCUUGCAUGGGUUGGUGAAUCGGGCAAAUCUGAACAACGGGAUUUUUCUACAUAGAAGUGAGAACUGAGUCAAUCAGUCACCUUUUACCUGCUAAUUUACUAUCCCCACCCCUCUGCAGGUAGGGACCGUCCAGGCCCACUCUUACAUGUAAACAAUGGAGCAACACUGACAUCAUGCCUGCGUAGGCUGCAUGCAUGCAUUUAUAUUACAGAAUAAGUACACUGCAGGAGAGCCAGGUCUGGGAGAAGGAAUUGGGGCAAACUGGGGCCUCGCCCACUGGUUAAGUGGGCACCUGCACAUGGGCUGCACUAACCAAUCAGGCAGAGGUUUAUAAAGUGUGCUUCUUUUCUCAGUACGUGGCUGAGACCUUUCCCUGCCAGAAAGACCACAAGAACACAGGCAAAUAAAUAAAUAAAUAAAACUGCUGAGAAACAGUAGUUCGCUUUUGGUUUGUUUACUUUCUUAUUAUGUUUAUUACUUUAACCAGGACCCCACGAGGGUGAACAGUGAAGUUUAUUUUUUCGAACUGCCUUCUCGCAUGCUGUGUCUGGAUGAAAAUAAAUACUCCGGAGGAAUCUGGGUUU